AUGUCCGCCAAGCAGGCUACUAUUCUCCCCAUCGAGGAUCUUCCUGCGGAGCUUCUUCUUCAUGUAAGCUCCUGCUUGUCCCUCCGAUUCGCCUCUCGCCUUGCGCGAGCCAACAAGAAGUUCCACCAAAUUCUGAACAUCGAGCUCUACAAGCGUAGCCGCAAAGGCUGGUUUCCUCUUGCUUUCGGUGCUUGCACUGACAAUACCGACACCUUGGCUCUUUGCAUUGAAGUUGGAGCCCCUGUUGACUUCCAUAUUCGACAAACCAUGGGAGAUUUCCGCUGGUGCGGUGAAAGCUACUACAUGGUCGGUGGAUGGCGAGCUCUCCGCCAAGCUAUCCACGACAACAGUCCUAAAGCUGUCAAGUUUCUCCUCGAUCACGGUGCUUGCCCUAACUCUACUCCUGAAGAGUUGCAUGGUAAGGGCCCCGGCGAACCUCCAUUUGCUAUUGUCUUCCGACGAGGACCUCGCUCACCAGUUGAAGCCAAGGCUAUUGCCAUCGCUCUUCUGGACGCUGGCGCCGAUACCAGCACUGUCUCUGAAACUCAGAGGGAGGAACUGUUGAAGAUGAAGGAGAUCGAUGGCUACUUUGCCAAGGGUUGGGCCUAA